AUGCAAGAUGGGAUACAACAAUGGCAUUCGAAGCAGAUGGGAAUGGGUAUAGAAGUGAAGGGGCCACACUUACAUCCACGUAACCCGUUCGAGUCCUCGAAUCCUUCGACCUCCUCGAUCAAUGAGACAGACGACGGUAGCACAAGCGGUCAGGAUGAGUUUCAUCUCCAAAGAUACAGUAGCAAUGCAAAAUACCAGCACCUUCGGCAGAUCUCUCAACCAACCAGUAACGAGGAGAAGGACAAGAAGCCAGGUUUGGCCAUUAUCACGAACUUCGCGGGGCCAAAAAUGCCCUUGAAAUCAGAAGCGAUUCGAAUUAAUAAAGUCUCCGCAAAACAAGUUCGAACAGAUCGAAAAAACAAGGCUUUAUCGAUCGUCUCCCAUAAAGCGACUCAAUCUGCAGCUUCACUUCCUAGUGCGGAUCAUGCAUCACCACGACUGGUCACUUCGGGUCUGAAAAAGUUGCAGCUGCUCUCGAAAGCUCCUAAGCAUCAGACACAAGAGUCCGACGCAAAAGCUGUCAUACAUAAAAGCAAAUCUAGAAUAACGCAGAGGAUCCCAAUAGGCAUUGCCAUCCCGGCUCAAGACGCUGUCGCUCUCGCUACCGCAACACCAUUGACACCCGCCAUAGUUGUCACACCGGCAGGAGACAGACCAUCUAUAGCGAAGCGGCGAAGAAGCACCACAGGCACACGCAGGCAUGCGCUUGUGAGGAAUCUCUCAGCUUUCUCAAAGGUCAAAGAGACGAGCGUGGUAGAUGACGGGUCUCCUCUCACUACAACAAUCGCUGGAACCACCAAAGAAAUGUCGCAGAAAUCGCCAGACACGGUCGUGCCAUAUAGUGCAGAUACCGACCGACCCCAGUCACAGGGCUGGUGGAAUUUGAUGCUGUCGCCACUCUUACGCGCAGGCUCGCUUGCUAGCAGAAAAGGACUGCCACAGUCGGAUACUCCUCCUGUGCCUCCAGUACCAUUUCCUUCUACAAAGGUCGACUCACCAUUGUUGUCUGCUGGAAGUGAUCCUUCUUUUCUGGUAUCACAGAACGACAUCUCGCCAGAUACACCUCGUCGGCAGGGUCUUGCCAGAACACCAGGAAGCACAUGGUCUCGUUGGACAGAAUGGGAGGAGGAGCGCGAGGCCAACGCGAGGAACAAUUCGCCUAUCAAUACCAAGGACGGAGAUGGAGUUGAUAUGUUUCCAGUAGGUGACAGUGGUCCUACGCCUGGACCAGCGCGUAUAGGGCUAGCUGCCGAGUACUUUCACGCUUGUGCUGUGGAGCAGGCGACGGGCAGGCCAUAUUUCGAAUGUGUCAACCAUAACUGUGCGGAACGUCUGCCCAAGCUGAAGUCAAUCCAUGACACCGCAGAUUUCCAAGCUACUCUGGCUAGUCCUUUUCACAGCCCAAAUGUGCAGACUCGCGCCAUAGAUGGCGAUAGCGCUACAAACCCUACAGCUCGUCCACUCGAGAAAGGAUCAGUGGGCGCCCGCAAGUCAUCAACUACAGCAACGCCCUCGAUUCCUGGUUCAGCCCGCAUCGUAGACACUGAAAAAGACAAAGAGCCAGCUUCCAGUGGGACACCAGAUGCCGACACAAAGAUUUCGAGACUCCUUACAGAAGACGAAGCACGUAAAGCGAGUGUAUCCUCUUUAGACCAAACAAAGACUCGAGAGCAGACUACCUCUCCAUCAAUAGCAGCAACGGCCGAUAAGGACUUACAUAGUGCCGCACCUACUCCACUCGCACCACAGAUUGUCGAGUUGAGAGUAGCUCACAGUCUCGACACAACAUUGCCAACCUCGCAGCACACACCAGAGAAAGCACCCGCAUUCACAAACGACGCAGGGCCCGUCGUCUCACCUGGGCCAAUGUCGCCUGCGGGUCAGAAGUCGACUGUGCCUUCAGGAGCUAUUCCUCUGUCUGAGAUCGAACCUAAAGAGAAAUCCAAUACAUCAUUCGUCGUUCACACUCAAGUAUAUCCAGGGAAUUUACCAGGCAGACCAGCGUUCAUCACUUCAGAAACCGAAUACCCACCCCUGCUCGACAGAGUAAAGACCGUGCCCAUCACUAUAACAGAGAUUGGCAGAGACAGCCGAAGACUAAGUAUUGAGGAGCGCAGACAGAGGUACGAAAAGGAAGAUGCUACUGCUAAACAGAUAGGAGGAUUGUGGCGAGGCCGUGGCUGUUUGCCAAACAAUGGUUGUACGGGACGUGGCGGCUCUGACCGGCGAGUAAAGAGGAGAUGGAUUUUUGGAAUCUGCCUGUCAAUUCUUGCAAUUGUCACUGUCAGCAUCAUUCUUGCUGUGACCUUGACUAGAAGGGGAGAUGGCACACCAGUCGACAGUUCGUGGCUUAACUUGACAGGCUUCCCACCAAUACCCAUCGGCAUCUUGACAAUUGCAGCACCGAACCUGGUAGCUCAGGAGAAGCAGUGUGUCGCGCCGACCACUAUGUGGUCUUGCUCAGUACCUAAGGAUGAUAGGGAUCAGAUUGGCUCAAACGGGUCUGAUCAGCCGAACUUCCGAUUUGAGGUCAAAUUCAGAAACGGCACUGUACCCUCGAACAUGACUGUCCCACUAUCUGGGAUAAAAAUGGACAUGGCGAAAACCUCCAACGACCCCUUCACUAAUGAUCUCUUUGUCGCUAAUCCUGCUCCGCCAAACCAACCCGAUCAGCUGUUCAUGGGUCAAUCAACAGACAACAUCACAACACCAUUCGACGGGGCGGACACGCCUUUUUACAUCACCUUCAUGAGUGCGUUUCCAGAAGUUCCGACCAGCUUCAACACGAUAAAUUCGAAACGUCUCACCAGAGGACAAUCAAAUUCUACUCUCGGCAUUAUUCCAGCACCAGCUGUGGCCGACGAUGGUUCAGCAGCACCGGCUUCGCUGCUGCCAACAAGGCCUUUCCCAAUCUCUCAGCCGAUACGAUUGUACAAUAGAGGGCUGCAGGAUGAGCACUAUGGGUUCUAUAUGUAUUACGAUAAAACGAUCUAUCUCUCAAACUUUCGCAUUGAUGGUGAAUCUCCAGCCACUGGUAGCAGCGAGCCAGCAGAAGCUGACCAAAACGGUGGAUGCCUGAAAUCGCAAGCUAAUGCUGUAUGCACAUUCGCGCAGACAAGAUUUCUUUUCAAGAUCUUCACAAACCCAGCUUUCGGAGCAGGCCUACUUCCCUCGUCCAUCAACCUCAAUGCUACACAUCCCGACGAUCAGAAAAAGACCAGCCCUACGUCUUCGGCAACGAAUUUCGAAAGACCAGGGUCGUUUCCAUACCCUGCAUCAAUCGUCUUGGACAGACAUGGUGGCGAUCUGGACAGUAAAGCAGUAUACUGUUAUGGUAUGGAAAAUGGCGAAAUUCUGAGCAACAAGAAGGUGCUCAGUGGUGAGCUUCGAUCUGUUGGGGGUCAGCUGGUAAAUGCUGCACCAACACUUUCUGGCGACAAUAGCAGCUUCAACACGACCGCUGGUGGUAUUGAUGGAGGAACAGGCGGGUGUAAUUGUAACUGGCAAAACUGGCAAUAA